AUGGCUGGCGCCUUUGAGACGCCGCUCUGGCGGCGUGUGUCUACGCUGGGGCUUUCUAAGGGAAAAAACCAUGCGCCUUGCCUCAACUCCCCGCCUGCGACCAGACUGCGACAAUCGACUGUAGGGGCUGCUGCCACGGCAACGCUGCGACGCAGUUAUUGUGGUGCACUGCUGAAGUUGCCGAAGUCUCGUCAGGCGCGUCAGUCCCCACUCUCAGCGCCAUGCGCGACCUCCGUAGCAAAUGGCCAGCAGCCUCCUCCCGUGAAGCAUGCCGGUCUCAUCACGGUGAAGAAGCGACGCGGGUCACCUUCCUCAAGCGUUCUCCUCAGCGGUGGCUCUGUGCUGCGCACGCGGCCGCGCAAGCUUACGCCUUUUAAGCGGCUCUCGGCGUUGUCUGGCGAGCCUGCUGCGGACUUCUCUCCUGAGUCGUCAGCGGCUGCGCGCGAUUCCCGUCCUCUGGCGGCAGAAGCAGGCGCCCAGCCGGUGAACAGACACUCGUUCACCUGCAUGACAACCGCAUGCCGUUUCGCCUCAACAGUUGCGUCUGCGCCUUCGCCGUGUCUCCCUGGGCGGAAACUGGUGAGUGCCCGGGACGACCGGCUGCAGCACAUGAGCGAAAACGAGCUUCUUCGCGUGCUCAAGAGUCUGAGCGCCUCGCCGUCACGGCCGCAGCAUACCAAGUUUACCAAACGCCACCACCCAGCGACAGACAUUCACGCGCCUUCUAGUUUUUCAGCGCGGCCUGAUCUGCGGACUGCUUCAACGUCCCUGCUGAGGUCAGUCCUGCACCAUCUCGAGCACUCUCCCCACGUCUUCUUCUCCAUCCUCCAUCUCUACGCAGCGUCGUCGCUCCCGCCCUUGGAGCUGCUGGCUGCGCUGCCCGCCGUCUUUGCCAAAGACCCUCGGCGGCUUCAGUCUCUCUCAGCUAAGGAGCUGGCGCUGUCUCUCCACGCCAUCUCGCGCCUCUGGCUCUCGGCAGGAUGGAGGCCGCAGGGCGCCGGCAGCGAUCUUGGUUCGACUUCCGAAAAAAAUGAGGUGGGAAAGGUCGCCCUUCAGACAAUAAAGGGAAUACGGCAGCCUCAACGCGAAGGGGAGAGUCUCGCGUUCGCGGCUCAGCGGAGGGACGCGGGCGACACACCAGAGCGAGGCGAUGCUUCUUCGCCUUUGGCGCCUGGACAACCACCCGCCUGGAAGAAUGUAGAAAGGUCCCAGACGGACCCGCGUGCUGCCUCAAAGCUCGGCGGCGUGCACGAUGUCCUCUCGCUGGGGCCUGAGGCACCCUGGGCGGCGACUUUCAGAGCCUUUGAAGACGCGUGCUCGGCCUGUCUCCUGAGGCAACUCCGCUACUCACGUAACGACCUGGUCACCUGGAGCGGACAGACUCCAAUCCAGCCGCACUCGAGUGCCCGCCAAAGGCUCAGACCAUACCCCAGCGCGCCGCGGGAGGAGCCACCUCAGGCAGCUCGUGUGAGGCCUGCCACAGAGGGCGGCAUACCGAUGCAUUCAGCCCCCGCGUCUGCGUCGCCGAGUUUGGUUCGCUUGAAAGAGAGCGAGGCAUUCUUCGCGGCGCGCCUCGCGGCUGCGCAGCUGGAGCAGGGGGGGCAGCAAGCGGCUACGAGGCUGUCCACGGCAGAAGAGCAGAAACGCUGA